AUGCUCGAGGAGUUGGAGACAUGCUUCCAGGCUAUUGACAUGCAGACGAAGCUAAAAAUCAUUUCCUGUAUUCCUCAUAUGAAUCCGCGGAAAAUGAGUACGGUACACAACAGCAUUACUGUAUUGCUUGAACUUGCUAGUAAAGAUGCUGAUGACUGGGUUGAAACUAUUGCAGAUAUGUACAGGGACAUACCAUCAACAGGAGUUAUUAUUCCUAGUUGUUCUAGCAAAAACUCUCAUUUCGCCAAAGCAUUGGAGGAUAUGACGAAAUGCUUUCAAAAACAUCAUCAAAGCGGCAGUUUGAAGUUGUCUCCUGAGGCACAUAAUAUUGUUAGCGGUUCAGUCAACAAGGCUAUUUUUGGAGCCUCUCCAGAGCCUCAGAAACUCUUCAUACUUCGUAAAAAGCCGAAAUCGUUCAAGCUUAUGAAUGACAUGAUGAAACUGCCAAUGAAAGGGAUUCGCACUCAGAAUCCAUGCAAAUUGAAUUCUGGGUUUACUUAUGAACCCAAGAAGUUUCAAAGGCAGUUAAUGAAACGAGAAGGAGGAGCCAAAUUGCUUGAUAUCUGCGAGUUGCCACAGUCUCUUAAACGACGUCGUCAACUUGAGAUGAUUGAGGAGAAAAAACGAAAACAGGUGGAAAAAGAAAUGGCGAGGAAAAAAGCGUUGGAGGAGAAGAAAGAGAAGGAGCUAGCCAAAAAAGAAGCUCAACCAAAACAUUUUGCGAAUUCUAAAAGACAGUGUGAAAAGAAACAUCGAUUGGAAAGUGUGGAAAAUCAAUCAGCUAACGAUGGAGAUGGACAAGUCAGCUGCCCUAAUGUGUCAGAAACUGCUGAGCAGCUUAAAUCUGCACCGUCGAUGUUUUCCAGUGGCGAUGCAGGAAAUUUGCAAGCAGCAUAUCCAACUGAACAGAAGUGGGAGCUAGACCAGGAGCGUAAUGAUGUGCCUGAGAGUGUCUUCAUGUUUCAUGAACCUCUGGAUCCUAUUUCUCAACGUGCUGUUCAGAACAGUAAUCCUCGUCCUGAGCUUGGUAACGUGAUUACAAUGAAACUUUCUGAGACGAUUGAAGACGGUCUUGCUAACAAUCAAAUUUGCAAGAUGAAGGUUGAAACGUUUUUCCAGAUGGAUUACCAAAGUGGUGAGUGGAAACGAUUGCGGAAAUGUCGGCUUCUUCAGCCACAUGAGCUGCCAAAUAUUUCUGAGCAAUACAUGUAUGUUUCCACUGAUGAGUAUCGCGCCCAAGCUCAGCAGCAACCUACGUAA